AAGAAAAGAAUGGGUUUCUACGUAACUUUCAAAGUGUGGUGGAUUCAGUUUGCUGGCUCUUUGGAGGCCACAUUGAGCUUACUUCAAGGGCACUCAAGUCUGAACACCUUCAACAGCUGCUUAUCACAGACGAUGCAGACACAGCCUGCUCCACCAUGUCGCUCAUUCAGAAUGUCCUGCGAACCAACAGGGGAGCUGUCGGUGAAGUGGACGAAAAGACCAUGAAUGCAGUUUUGGAUGAACUAGUGUACAAGCUUGCUGUGACCUCUGACCCUCGGUUAGGGUGUGGGGUGGCAAGGGUACUGCUGUGUAUCGCUGAGUCCCACCGUCCAAUAAUAGCAUCCUUCAGCACCAGGUUCAAAGGCUUGCAACUGCUGCUUAACAUGUGGAUUGGCAAGGGUUUUGAGAAAGACUUUCGCCGUUUACUGGAUCUGCUCAGUGCUGGUUCUAAUAAGCAGGCCGAAUUACAGCAUUUACACAAAGCAGCAAGUGUCGUGCAGAGUGCGUGGAGAGCAUACCGUGCAAGGUGCAGGCUUAAGAAACUUCCACACGCUGUGACAUAUCUGCAGCGAAGCUUCAGACAGAAGCGGGAGAAGGAGCGAUUACAAAGUGAGCAGCAGCAACAACAAGAAGAGCUGCGUCAGGAGCUGAUAAUACGUCGACAGCGAGCUAUGCGCACUUCCCGGCAACGUCGACUGCUCCUCCUGGAAAUUGUGCCAGCCAACGAGAUGGAUCGGUACCUGGCAUUUGAGGCGACCCGCGCUGCUGUACUGAUUCAGGCACGAUGGCGUGGAUUUCAAAAACGGAAGGCAUUCAGGAGAGACCGGCAACUGCUUUUGCAAGCAAAGGCGGCCGUUACCAUUCAGAGAGCCGUGCGCAGAUUCCUGGAGAGAAGGCAUUCCCAGCAGACAGCAGCAUCAUCGCGCUCACUGGGCUGGAGGGGCAUGAGCGAUGCGCGGCGGAUGGAACUACGCGCCCACAUUGAAGAGCACAUCCAGAAGCACCCGUCUACCCCAAUGCAUGGAGAGGAGGCACGUGAGCUGCACAACCAUGCACAGGCGCUGCUGGGACAGUUCCUGCUGCAGAGGCAACUGGGCCCACGGUCUGAGCAGCGGAGGGCGGCCACACUCGCCCAGAUUAAUACUCAAGCCGAGCUGCUUGCCAACAUACCAAUCCCAGCCCAGGCAUCUCCACGGGAUGUGGAGGCUCUGAGGAGUCGCUCGGGCCCGGUGGCUGCCCGUGCACGGCAGGCUCAUUCCCUAGCCCUGCGAAGCCUGCGUCGAGCUUGGUGGCAGCGUCUGGGAGAGGAGUCGAGCACUGACCCAGACCAAAGCAGCACAACAUGGGACCCGGAGCAGGAACUGGAGCUUGCUGGCGUGUAACACGUUCAUGUUUUUGUACAUCUUGGCAGCACCCACAGUCAUAACUAACAGAUAUCUUGCUCCUUUUGGAAUUCGGCCAUGCAGAGAAGACAUCUUUGGCUGGCUGCCUAUCAACCUAUGUCCAUAAGAGGAUUCAGCCAAAGACUUAUAUGUUUUGCUCUCAUAUUUCUUUAGUUUUGUGAACUCUAUUUUGGCGGUGGGCUUGCCUGUAUGGCAAUCUGCUUCAGGAGGUAGAUAUAUUGUUUGCAGUAGCAAUUUUAGAACGGACUACCACAUACCAUCCUGCGCAAUAUACUGGAUGCUGCUUGAAAUAGGAGUGGCAUGAGAGGAGGGACUGGCAGAAACCAAGUGGCUGCCUCCUCUUUCGUGGUGGUAUGGAGAGUAGUGAUGUCCUCCGUGAUAUUGUAGGGUCACUGCUCCCACUAUCCACUUCUUACUAAAAAUUUACUUUGGCAGUUAUACAUAUCAGUUAUGUUUGCAGGCGAUGUAUUUUUAAAUAUUUUAUUCUUAUGUAAAGAUAACUUAAACACCAGGCUGUGCAGAGAAUCUUCUCUGGAAGGCCACCCCUCUUGUACUCCCAACAUAUAUGAGACAUGGGGCUCCACCUUUACUACUUCAGGAAGAUAACAGGUGUGAAGCUUAAAAGGUAUGUAUCAUACAGUGCAAACACAACUCAGUCCCUACCACUUGGCAGUAUGUUUAGGCACCAAGGGGUCUGACCUAUCCUGUCUGUCUGACCAUGUGGUUCCCAAUUGCCUACGGGAGGUUGUAAAGGAAACAUGCCUAACCACUGCAGCGCUGCUGAGAUGGGGAGUUGGGAGGGAUCCCUGUGGGAGCUGCCAAGACCUAUAAAAAUCAAUAUGUAAGAACUAAAUCUUACAUAUUUGUAUGGCCUAGCAGCAAAGUCAUUCCUAAUAUACCUGUCAAACCCAGAUUGGUUGUGGUAGGAGCAGGGCCCUUACUGGGCCACAGAGUAGAGCACUCCCACAAAAAGAGACAUAGAACUUAGUGCUCAUGAAUACAUGUGGUACGCUGAAAAUGUUAUUGAGAGGGACCUGAUGCACACUUGCCCAUGAGGUUACCAUCAUUCUUAUAGGCUUCUGCUUGCCAUACUUGACCAGAGUCCUGCCACUUGCGACUUCAGAAGGAGGCCAUGCUGCCAUGGGGGCUGUCGACUGAAGUUGCUUCGGCUAAAGCACUCCUGGCGGAGGUGAUAAGACUUGUCAUCCAUGGGAUGGCUUACUCCACAGCGGCUGCGGAAGCCAGGACUGUAGGCCACACACCACUUCCGGUGCGGUGUCUGGAGUUGUGGAAUCCACCAUUGGCGAAGUCGUGGCUACCACCUUAACCCCCAUCCCCCCAACUGGAGAGAGUGCUGGCCCUCGCCCACCGCCGUCUUCAGGGGGCUCCUGGUAGCUUGCUAUCUUUGCCUCGAAGGCUGCGACCACACGCAAGGUGACUCGCCGGUCAACCUGCAGAAGCGCCUGCUGACCGUGCCUCUAUUGCCAGGCGGGGCCACCAAAGAGGUCGGGACUAAGUCUGCUGCUGGCGUCCAGGCUGCCUGCCGCCUGUGAGAUGAAUUGCCCGUGCAGAUCUUUCAGGUGACCUGGUCCACAAUACAGGACAGCACUUUACCACAUGCUCAGCGUAUGAGAAUAAUGCAUGAUAAUCAAUCUCGUAUUUUAAUUAUCUUUGCUGGUCUCUAACCAAGAAGACUUCUCUGCACUGGCUGGUUCCAAUCAGGGGAAGAUGCCAUUAGGCGCUAAGGCCCGUGAAAAUCUGUUUUAACGUAUAUAUCUUGAUUUGAAGCUUUCGUGACUACAGGGAUCCAUACACUUUGGUUAUUUCUGUAAAGUCAUGUAGGUAGAACAAAUAAUAAAUCACGACGUUUUGAUCGCAGCACAAGCAACCAUCUUCUUUCACCUGAAGACGGUUGCUUGUGUUGCGAUCGAAACGUCAUGAUCUAUUUUUUAUUAUACCUACGUGACUUAACGUAUAGUUACAAAUCCUAUUAUUUACAAAGUGGCACUUUAAUGCCUGUUUGUACUGAGCUAAUUAUGGGCCAGAGAAAAAAAUUGGUAUCUCCUGAUUUGGUAAAACUUGUGGAAUCAAUGUCUUUGACCAUUAUGUUUACAAUGGCAACAUCACCUUUACAAUGGAGACCUGGUGAUCUGUAGUAUAUGCACACAGUAUAGUACAGAAUAUAUAAAUUUUAAUAACCUGCUUCCCAUGUUACAAUCAUGACUUCUAAAACCCUUCUGUUUAUUUUCUUUCCCUCAUGUUUUAUUCAAUACAAUAUAUUUUGUCUCCCACAAACACAACUCAGGGAUCUGAGAGAUUUCUGGAAAUGGAAGUGCGUGUGGUUGAGGGGAUGACUGGGGCUGAUAGAAGCAUAUUGCAAGUUUAUUUUGAAGGGGGUUGACUACCAACGUUUGGUUUUCCAGAAGUUGUGCCAAAAAUCCAAAGCAAACAAGAGCCUAAGUAUCUUGAAGAUGAUAUCCAGCAAGCGCUGCAUGUCUGUGAUUGUAACAAAUACAAUGUGCAACGUGUUAUUGCAGAGGGCUCCAACUUAGUUGUUGCAGCGUUUGCACCAAGGGAUUAAACUAAGGAAGCUCACAACUCCCGUGAUUGCUAGCUAUGUUCUGAAUAAAAUAACUUUAGCGACAAAUAUGAUUCCAGCUACUUAAUCACGUGAUUAAUACAUCACGUGCAUUUGCACAUACAAACAAGGACUUCAGUUAUAUCUUUGAAAGACUUUUAGUAAGCGACUAUUAAAAUGUACAGCAAAUAAAGGAAGGGCUCAUACACACCUGCCAGUCUUAUUUCACUGCACUCGUUGGCAGACGACUAUUUUACCAGCCUUUAGGUUGAGUAGACCUAAGGGAAGCCCCUUUUGGUGCACAUAUUGACCGAGAUAUAUGGACAGAAUCUUUACCAUAAGCACUGGGAUUUUCACAGUAGUAACACGUUUCUCCCCACAUACUGUAUAUGCUUUUUCACAUAUGAACUGUAUACAGAUUUGGCUACUAAUCUGGCUUUCGUACAGAAAUAAAAUUUCCAUUGUCUUUUGACACAACACAUUAACUCUCUGGGUCUGUUAAGUAGUAAGUGGUGUGUUUAGAGCAGGGCUUCUCAAAUCCCAGUCUUCACACAAAAACCUUGUUCGGGUUUUUAUUUUGCAGUUACCAGGUGUAUGGCACGUGUAACACAUUAAUCUAUUUGGAGAUAAUUGUUAAAUGAUGAAACAUAUAGUGGUGUGGUGUAAGGGCUGGAGCUUCAGAAGCCCUGUUUCAGUUGCGUUGUGAAUGUUUUAGCGCUUUUCACUUGAAAAUAUCUUGUCUGAAUCAGUGGUCAACGAUUUAACAGAAUUUUAACAAAUAUCUCUUCAUACUUGGUGCCCACUUUAUGUAGAACGAGGAUUGUAUUUAUAUUUAUUUCCAUAUUGCUGCCAUGCUCGCUUGGAGGAGGGUUAAGGUACACCAAUGCAUUCUAUAUUAUUAAACCUUUUUUGCUAGAAUCCUCAAAACAGGUUCAUGCAUUUAUGAUACCACAAAAAGUGAAAUGGAUGUGGCAUGCCAAAAUAACCUAAAAUUCCUGGAACAGCUUUCCAGAUUGCUCUGGCUACAAUUAUUUACCGUGUAUAAGUAAAAAAUGUUUAUGCAAUUAAACUGGGUUCUAGAUUUUAAUCAGUGCAGAAUGGAUCUGAAGAAUGUGCAUCACUAUAUAUUUAAAACAACGGCAGAUGCCAAAAUGUAAUGAAAAAUGUAUUUAUUUGUAUUUUGCAGUAUCGCACCCAUAAACUGAAUUGUUAAUCCCGUCCACUCAGCAAAAAGUAUAUACAGUACAGGCAUAUAGCAGGAAAAAAUAACUUUGGUAUAUUUAUAUUGUAUAUAAAGUGUGCUGUAAUAUAUACCUUACAAGAUAAUAAAGAAUUUGUUCACACAUUGGUGGAUUCAUUUUCAGAAAUCACAAUACAGUUUUUGAAGUGCUACACAUUACCUCUAAAGGGAAGGCACUGUGAUAAUGUAUUCAUUUUAUAGUGAAUUCUUGAUAACUAACAAGAUUUGGACUCAUUAUUGUGAAUACUUUUGGAAAAUUAUAUGUUUCACCUUUACAUCAUUCUAACCAUGCUUAAUACAUUUUAUAUAUUAGUUUUAUCAUGUGGCACAGUGGUUUUUGUUCUGAUUCUUUUUGUUUCAUUGCCCUACUUUUCUUUUGUCAUAUUGGUGACCCAGGUCACUCAUGUCAAAUCAGACUCCUGGUCUCUUGAGUUUUCACCAAAAUAAACUUGCUUAUAACCACAA